UAACGUUUCUGACAUCACACAUAUCGACACGUAUAACAAGUUCAUACACAUCGCGGUUAUAUGACAGGUUCUUCCUGUAUUCAGUUUGAAGCCGUCCGUAUCGCUUAAACACACACGGCCCCUGAUAGGUGAUGCUGCAGCAGCAAUAGGCUGAGUCCAGUGAUGAUGAUGAUGAGGGUAAAACCGCCCUGAGAGGAACAUUAUUCCCCUGCGUGUGUGUGUGUGGCACUCUUUUUUUUGAGGAAGUCAAGGAACUGAAGAAAAUGGACGACAUAUGGCUGUGCGUGACGGAUUUUUACCCGCAUCAACGGUGAAGAAAUGGGACGUAUUCCUUCGAGGAGCGAGGAGACGAACCGAGGAGACACAUAUCUGCACUAAAACAACGAUGCUAGCUCGCUAGCUCUGCUCUUUGAUGUUUGGUCCUCCCGACUCAUAACGUAGCCCAAAAUUCAGGCACGGAGAUCAAAACUUUUGAGUGCUCUUGUUUCGUAUUAUUGUUUUUAUUAGACUAAUACGAGCAAGGUGAACUAAAACGGUCAACUUUAGGUGACGUUCAGCGUCUUGCUACAUUAGUUAGCUGACGUUAAAGCUAGCGACCCCCCCCACCCACAAAAAAAAAUAGUUCGGCAAUUUAACGUAACGCUCGCUUAACGGUCAAUUAAAACCCACAGUUAUGUGACAAUGACGUCACCCGUGUGUGAAGCUAUUUGCAAUUAUUUUUGUUCCGUUUUUCAAUUUGGGCAUCUUCAAAUAUGAGGUCAAAGAUAAAACAAAGUGUCUUACGUUUGCACAAUUUUACAAGGUAACGUCCCCCCCCCCAAAAAAAAAAGAAUAGGUUUAAUAGGUUGAUUAUACACUUUAUAACAACUAUGGCUGGGACUAAAGACAGGGACACGAUGUGACUUUUGAGGCAGUUUUCUCUUCGUGUCAACAGACCGGUUUCCCCAAACAUUCGGUUCUCUUCUGGCUAACAUGUGUUGAGCUGAGGUGGUAAAUCCUUUCCAGAGCGGCUCAUCAAAGUGUGGCUCAUAACUACCAGAAUGCGUCUUUCCUCUUUUUUGGCCGUGUUCAGGCCUGCUUUGCCCCUUAUCCUCGGGCUGUCUCUGGGCUGUAGUCUGAGCCUUUUGAUGGUGUCCUGGACACAAGGGGACGCCGAUGACUCCUGUGGAGAUGAGCUGGGCAAUGGGAGGCUUUUCACGGGCCGAGGCGAUGCCCAGAAGGACUCGAGGGAUGGAGCCGGAGAUGAAGACUUCCAGCCUCGCAUCGUGCCCUAUCACAAGGACCCAAACAAGCCACACAAGAAAGUCCUCAGAACUCGUUAUAUUCACACUGAGCUGGGCAUCAGAGAGCGACUGCUGGUGGGCGUCCUGACCUCCCGGGCCACCCUCAACACGCUGGCCGUGGCGGUCAAUCGCACAGUCGCCCACCGCUUCCAUCGCACCUUCUUCUUCACGGGCCUGCGCAGCCCGAAGGUCCCUCACGGCAUGACUGUGGUCGCCCACGGCGACGACCGUCCCGUGUGGCUGAUGUACGAGACAGUUCGCCACCUCCAUCAGCACUAUGGCUCCGACUACGACUGGUUCCUCUUAGCCCAGGAUGACACUUACAUGCAAGCAGAUCGCCUGUCGGAGCUGGUGGGCCACCUCACUGCAGGUCAGGACCUUUACAUGGGCAGGGCAGAGGAGUUUAUUGGUGGAGAAGAGAAGGCACGCUACUGCCACGGGGGCUACGGCUACCUGCUGUCCCGCAGUCUGCUGGCCCGUCUGCAGCCCCACCUUGACACCUGUCGUAAUGACAUCCUCAGUGUGAGACCUGACGAGUGGCUGGGCCGCUGCAUUAUUGACUACCUGGGUCUCAGCUGUGUGGAGGUGCACCAGGAGAUGACCUAUCGGUACUUCGAGCUCGGGAAAAACGCAGAUCCAGAGCGUGAAGACGGCGUCCAGUUUAAAAAUGCCUUCACAGUCCAUCCGAUAUCAGAGCCAAAUCUCAUGUACCGCCUGCACAAACGCUUCAGCCAGAUUGAGCUGGAAUGGACUUACCUACAGAUACAACAGCUGCAGGUGCAGAUCAACAACCUGAGUGAGCUGACACCAGAGGGUAAAGCUGGAGUCACGUGGCCCAUCGGAAUCAACCCUCCCUUCAAACCAAAAACCCGAUUUGAGGUUAUCAACUGGGAGUACUUCACAGAGGAGCACAUAUACUCGUGCAUCGACAGCUCCCCCAAGUGUGAGAUGAGGGGGGCCGACCGCGCGGACGUAAACGCAGUGCUGGAGAUAGCGGUGGAGCGGCUAAACGAGCGCUACCAGCCGCAGCUGCGUUUCCGCAAGCGCCGUCUGCUGAACGGUUACAGGCGCUUUGAUCCCACACGUGGCAUGGAGUAUGUGCUGGACCUCGCGCUGGAGGCCUACACCCAGAAAGGCCACAGCCAAGUCAUCGCCAAGCGGGUCAACUUGUUGCGACCUCUCAGUGCGGUCGAAAUUAUCCCCAUGCCCUACGUGACGGAGGCAACGCGGGUGCAGGUCAUCCUGCCCGUCACUGCCCACGAUCAGGACUACGUCGGCAACUUCCUCGACAUGUACGUGAUGAACACUUUGGACACCCACGACAACGUUUUGCUCACGUUCCUGUUCAUCUACGAUCCCUUCGAUGCGCAGCGGGUCAGCCAGACUGACGUGUUCGCCGGCAUCAAGGCCAUGAUCGGGGAGGUGGAGAAGCGCUACGGAGACGUGAAGAUCCCCUGGAUCAGCGUGAAGACGGAGGUGCCCUCCCAGGUCAAGCUGAUGGACAUCAUCUCUAAGAAGCACCCGGUGGACACGCUGUUUUUCCUGGCCGGCGUGUGGACGGAGGUCAACGCCGACUUCCUGAAUCGCUGCAGAAUGAACGCCAUCAGCAACUGGCAGGUGUUCUUCCCCAUCCACUUCCAAGAGUACAGCCCUGCCGUCAUGUACCGCGACCAGCAGCCCUCUGCGGCCUCCUCCUCUUUCGCGUCGGAGUCGCUGCGAGACGGACACUUUGACCGCCACGUCUUCGACGAGGCCUGCUUUUACAACGCGGACUACAUGACCGCACGGACCAAGAUGGCCGCUGACAUCUUGGACAACGAGGAGCUGCUGGAAAGCAUGGACGUGUACGACAUAUUCGUCCGUUACUCUGGCCUACACGUGUUCAGAGCUGUGGAGCCGGCGCUGAUCCAGAAAUACGUGCGGCGAGCGUGCAACCCGCGAUUCAGCGAGGACAUCUACCACCGCUGUGUCCUCAGCAACCUGGAGGGUCUGGGGUCCCGCUCUCAUCUAGCCAUGGCUAUUUUUGAACAAGAGCAGGCCAACAGCACCUGAAAGCCCGCCGGUGCCUCACAAACACCGCCUGCACUUACUCGCACAGAAUAAUGUGAAUCGUACCGUGGUACUUUUUGCGAUCCCUACACUGAAAGUCACACCCUUCAUUUGUCAUGGACACUUUGAACGAGAACAUUUCUUCUCUUGCAGCAGAACAUCAUCGCUCGGUAUAUACGAGGACUCCACCUCGAGCUGACUCAUGAGUAGAACUCGUCUCAUCUUGUCUAGACUCACGAUGAGUCACGGAGGUGUCUGAAUGGGACUACUGUUACUUGCUUUCCUGCCAUUCGGCUUACGGGACCAGAGAAACAAUAUUUAUACUUCCAUUUUUUUUUUUUUUGUUAAAUAUAGGAGGUUGUGUCUUAACAUAGAAACUUGAGCCACAAAAACCUUCUGAGUGAAGAUGUUUGAAAUAAUACUGGAAACAAACCGAAGCUUUUGGCUGCCUUUUAUUCUAUUUUCUAAGAGGUAUUAAAGAGUGAUAUUUCUGUUCAGAGUUGUUUCUUCAUUCAUACUUUCCAUCAAGACGAGAAGAUAAAUAUCGAUAGGAGCUGAAGAAAAAGUCCAAUACGGAGGAAACAUCUCGUGUUUAGCGGCGAUGGCGUGCUCGUGCCGUAUUCAGAUUAAUAUAAUGUCGUGUUUCCGGCUUGCCGAACAGCUCUUUACUGCAGCGCCUGGAGGGCGGUGAACAGUUUGUUCCACAGCAAGCGGCCCCGCCUCGUCUCCCCACAUUGAGUCAGUAAAUCCCCACCCCGGCCCGGGCCUCCUUGGGUUUUGGCUGAGUCCUCUGUACACACAUGUCUUUGGGGGAGAGAAGUGAACCCGGUGCCCAGAGGGAGGGUCUCGUCUACCGAGCCGGGGGCCCCAAAGCCGCGGUGGUGCGGGUAGUUAACCUUCACGGCGAGAUGGUUGAACAAGCUGAAUGGCUCACUUCACACCGCCUUAACCAUCCCCCCCCCCCUCCCCAACCCCCCUACCUACAAAACGUCUCCAUGUGAGGGUUCUCGGGAGAGCGGCAGGGUGAAAGGGGCUCUUUCUGAGGUGGGAGCGGGGCUGCAGUCAGCGUUACUGGGCCUCCACCUGCUCCCUUGAGGAGAGGCCGGCGGACAAUAAAAAGCCUGUCCGCCGCCUUCUGAGGAACGGAAGAAUGUACCCCGCCAACGAGCGUGAGAGUGUUCCUUUAAUGAAGGGGGUAGUUUAGAAGGGCCGCACACUUAUUUGCAUAAUUGGGUCCUGCUUCUCCACGACCAACAGUUAACAGCAUGGAAAAGGAAUGCGUGUGUGUUGCUUUUUAUGAAGUGGAGUGCUUUUGUGGUGGAAAAUAAUAAAGAUGUGGAUGUCAAAGGGUGCAUUCGAGUAAUUUUGCAUGUUUGAGAGUUCUCACAUUUACCCGUAAUGAAAGAGGUUACCCUCCCUGUGACCUCAGAUACCUGUUCAUGCAGACAGGUCGUCAGGGAGCUUUAACGGUAGGGGUAAAAGUGUCUGCAGAAAUACAAGUAUUCAUAAUAAAAUUACGACUUGCAGUAUACGAUAUGUGUAUGAAGUUCAAGCGAACAUUUAUGUUCUUUUUAAUUGAACAAAAGUGCAUUAAAGCUGCUCCACCACAACAAAACACGUUGCAUCAAAUGUAGAUUUAAGAUCAGCGCACAGUUUUAUUUCUGAACUCAUAAUACGUAUAAAUGAAAUGGCUAAAAGAGAAGUCUGCACCCUUUUUCAGUUUUGUCUCAUGACCCAGUUCACUUUUGUGUUUUAUGACCUUUAGACGUACUGCUUAAGGUCUUUCCUUAAUGACAUUCAUUAUAUGGGUAUUUAUACUAUUGACUCUUGGCUAUUGUU